UUAGUCAACAAAAGAAGCACACACACAUAAUCCAAAGCAUUAUUAUUGGACCAAAAUUAAAGUGAAUAACACGUAAUUUGCGCUUAAUUAAAAUGACACCCGCGUUUUUAGUUUUGUUCUUUGUAGUUUGAUUAGAUCUUUAUCACUACACACAUUACUACCACCCCACACCCAUGUGACUUUUAUAAUUUCUACAUGUUCACAUUAAUCUCUAAAUUUCCGUUCUUCACUUUCUUAGAUCAUAUAGGUAUAUGUGUAAGUAACCUCAAAAUAAAGCACAAAAGUGAAGAAAAUUGGGUUCAUAGAGUCUAAAAUGGUGCUGUUGAAGUGAGUUUUUUGUUGCAAGAAUCCACAAUGAAGGCUCAUUCCUUCAAUGGGUUUUCGUUUUUCUUGUUCAUUUUUGUUUUUUUACUGUUUUUGAGCUCGAUUUCAGCUUUAUCUUCAACUGGGUCGAUUGAUCACCACAUCAAGUUUAUCAUAGGAGGAAGAGGAGUGAAUAUAGGUUCAUGGCAAAAUGAAGUUACACAAGUGGCUCCAGCACCAGGGCCACUAGGUGAUAAUACUCUUAUUCUGGCGGCAAAUAGGACCAAUAGACCUGAUUUUCUUCGAGGAUUUCAUCGUUAUCACGGUGGUUGGGAUAUUUCAGAUCGGCAUUAUUGGGCUUCGGUUGGAUUCACCGGUGCCACGGGUUUCAUUCUUGCCGUCUUAUGGUUCGUCUCAUUUGGCUUGGCACUUGUGAUUCAUCUAUGCUGUGGAUGGGGGAUUAACAUAAAGGACAAAGGAUCCAAUCGUUCACAAAGGAUUUGUCUUAUAUUGCUUUUAAUAUUCACCUUUGCUGCAUCGACUGGAUGUAUUCUCCUUUCUGUUGGGCAGGAUAAGUUUCACGGCGAGGCCUUGGAUACCCUCCAUUUUUUUGUCAAUCAAUCAGACUAUACGGUGCAGACUCUAAGAAAUGUCACAGAAUAUCUCUCCCUUGCAAAAACCAUAAACGUCAACCAGAUACUUCUUCCAUCUGAUGUCCUGGAUGGUAUUGAUAAGUUGAAUGUGGAACUAAACACUGCAGCGGAUACAAUUUCUGAAACAACAGAUGAAAAUUCCGUUAAAAUUAGAAGAUUAUUCAAUUACGUGCGCACGGCCUUGUUUGUUAUGGCAGGAGUAAUUUUUCUCUUGGCUCUAACUGGACUAGUCCUGUCUCUCCUUGGAUAUCAACAUGCAAUCAUCUUAUUUGUUAUCACUGGAUGGUUACUGGUUGCAACCACAUUCAUUCUUUGCGGAGUGUUCAUGAUACUUAAUAAUACAAUUUCUGAUACCUGCAUGGCUAUGGGAGAAUGGGUGGAAAAUCCACACAGAGAAUCUGCUCUUAGCGACGUCCUUCCAUGCGUUGAUCAAAGAACCACAAACAAAACACUUUUUCAAAGCAAACAAGUCGUCACCAAUAUUGCAAAUAUUGUCAACACUGUCAUCUAUACUACUGCAAACGUAAAUGCAACAAAAGGUCAUCCAGGUUUUUACAAUCAGUCUGGGCCUCCAAUGCCGCCACUAUGCUAUCCCUUUGACGAUCAAUUUCGAGAACGCCAAUGUACAAAUCAAGAAGUUUCAUCUGCCAAUGCUUCAAUGGUUUGGGAGAAUUAUGUAUGCGAGGUUUCUGAAUCGGGUAUUUGCACUACAGUUGGCAGGGUGACCCCAGAGAUUUACUCGCAGUUAGCAGCUGCAGCUAACGAAAGCUAUGCAUUAGAACAUUAUGCUCCACUUUUACUUAGCCUUCAGAAUUGCAAUUUUGUCAGGGAUGCAUUUACAGGAAUCACUACAAAUUACUGUCCUCCAUUAAAGCAUUACCUUUAUAUCAUUAAUGUAGGACUUGGCCUCAUUUCAGUUGGUGUUCUGCUUUGCCUUGUUCUAUGGAUACUCUAUGCAAACCGCCCCCAAAGGGGAGAAGUGUUUGUGAUGCUAUCCUUAAAAGAAAAAAUAAAGAGCAGAUUUAACAAGAACCACCAGAGCACAAAUUUAGCAGUGCCAAAUGCAGGCAGUGAAGUAUAGAUUGUAAAAUAGAAAAAAUUAUCGAUAAAGAAGCAACCUAUUAUUGUUUUACUGUACUCUAUAUACUAAAAGGAAGAAACAAAGGUGGAGCGAAGCUGCCGCCUGAGUUCAUAGACAAUAGCAAAGCUAGUGUACUACAUAUUUUGCCCGUGUAUAUGUAAAUACUCAUCGUUUUCAUUUUUA